AUGGAAGUCGCCAUUCAACGGUCGGAACUUGGAAGCGUUAAUAAUCUUUUCCUGGUCUCGGAGCCAGAAGCAGCUGCAGCUUACGUGCUAGCAAACAGUCCCACAAUUGAUUGGAUCAAGCCUGGCGAGACAUUCAUCCUUUUGGAUGCUGGUGGAGGAACAGUCGAUGUAACCACAUACAUGGUCAACAACGUGGACCCUCUCAAAUUGAAAAGAGAAGAGAUGGCGGCAAGGGAGGGUGAGAGAUCUGACAUAGAAACUAAUGGAAGAACCAUCGAAGGAAUCGUCGACCAACAAACUAUAAAGUUCGAAAAUGUGUUGAAAAGAACGAUAGAUGUGACAAAUGAGCUUAUGCCAUGCACUGCCAUCCACAUCGAUGGCAUUCGCGAGAGUCAAGAGAAGGGUUUCACAAAUAAUCGCGUUGUCAUAAAACGAACAUUUGAGAGGUGCCUAGAAGGAAUUAGGGGUUUGAUGCUCGAUCAGAUCACAUUAGCACAAGAGGCUGGAUUGGACGUGAAGUCCUUCACUCCGACACGCAUUGGAAAACGGUUGAGGAAAUUGAGAAAGCAAUCGGGGAUAUACAUUGAGCUUGAGAUCUUGGCCAACCCAAGUUCACUUGAAACUGCCAUGGCUAGCGGUGCUAUCUUGCGAGCAUUCGUCGAAGAAGACGACGAGCUUGAAAGAAUUAGCUUAUGCAGUUACAGGUUUCGAUUGCAGGAUGAAUUCAACCCCAAGGCGAUACCAGCGCAUAAAAACGUGAAACCGAAAUACGAUAGCAAUGAUGGUGUAGCAUAUGUGGAUGUAAUCGAGUGGGUAGUCAAAAUGGGAGAAAUAAUUCCCGCUGCAAAAGAGUAUCGCAUACCAGCUUAUCGCAUAUUCGCCGCAACAAGAAAGACCUUUAUUUAUGAGCAAGAGUUAUAUAUCUCAGACAAUAGUACUGAGUCAGAUUAUAAGCUCACACAUCCCAAGAAUAAAGGUUUAAACUUCAAAACACUUUUUGAGGCAAGACUGACCCAAUCCACAGGAGCUGAAAGGACAGGUACAAUUAAAUUAGACAUGGGCGAAUUGAUCAGAUCGGGUACCAUACAGCCGACAGAAGAAGAGGAAGGCAUCAAGGGAAAGAGACAUUAUCGAAUCGAUUUCGAGCUUGUCAUGAAAGUUAAAGGUCGGAAUUUGGAGAUUGAAGGAUAUGUCGCAGGGAAAUUGCUAGGGAGUACAGAGAUCAGUAUUGCAGCUGCAUUUGUACCCAGGACAAAAUAA